AACCUAAUCUGAUUUUGGAUUCAGGUUUCGGUCGCUCCCGAUCGCAUUUGGGGAUAGAACCAUGAGUUUGCCCGGCCUGGUCAGUCCCACCAUGAGUUGCAUUUUCAACUAAUAAAACUGUGGUUUGGAUUAAAAAUUGAGGGUUAAUGCUUGGGUCCCAUUGUACUAGGCAACAAGAUGAAACAAUUUGAGCCACAGUAUUUCAUACUUUUGCUAACUUACCCAAAAACGGACUCGUGUCCAUAUCCUGAAUUCAGUGGAAGAUGAGUUCAGUGGCACCAUAUUCAGUUGGGACUUGUCUCACUUCAUUGCACCUCCAAAAACGUAACCAUUCUGCAUCAUCAUCAACUUCACUAACAACAACAACAAAAUGUUCUUCUGUUCAACAACCACCACUUCUUGUACAAAAGGAGAAUCAAUUGAACAGAAGAGAAGCAAUAACCCUCUCCAUGAGUUUUGGCCUUCUUCAUUCUUUCUUACAACCUCUCACUGCAACAGCAGCAGAAGCGGUUCCAUGUGAAUUAACAGUUUCUCCUUCAGGCCUAUCCUUUUGUGAUAAAGUUGUUGGCACCGGUUCUCAAGCUGUUAAGGGACAACUUAUUAAGGCACAUUAUGUUGGGAGAUUGGAGAAUGGAAAAGUUUUUGAUAGCAGUUACGAUCGAGGCAAGCCACUUACGUUUCGCGUUGGUGUUGGAGAGGUUAUCAAAGGAUGGGAUGAAGGCAUUUUAGGAGGUGAUGGAAUUCCUCCUAUGCUUACAGGAGGUAAACGUACAUUGAAGCUUCCUCCGGAACUUGGAUAUGGUUCAAGAGGGGCUGGUUGUAGAGGAGGUUCGUGUGUCAUUCCUCCGGAUUCAGUACUCUUAUUUGAUGUGGAGUUUGUUAGUAAAGCAUGAUUUACAAGUCUCUGUCAGUCAAAUUAUCUUCAAUUUCCUUGGAGACUGGAGCUUAGAUUAAUAAUUUUUUCCUUGAUUUACAUGUUUUAUGGUUUUGAAAUUACAAUCCAAUGAAGAAUGAUCAUACUUUCAGCAGUGUAAUCCAUCCACAGAAGAAAAAUUUUAAAAUAAUAAGAUUACAUUUACAGUAA